GCGGCGUCUCAGCGAUUCAACCCAGGAAGUUUUUUGUUAUGCUGGGUCAACGGGCUUCGAUCCAAACUUGGGAAGGAAUCGCGGAAGAUGUUUUGUUAACGGGCUCUGAUAGCGUUUCAUCCACCGAGAUAUGGGCUGCGGGAGACGUAUCUCGGCGCCGUUCCUUGUGUCUUCCUAGGUUUGGUCAACUUACCAACGUUUUAUUGACGCCCUUGUCGGACGUGCAUGAAUGGUUGUAUUAUUCUUUUUUAUUUCCUAUGGGCUUUUAACUCUGUUCAAACCCCUGUAUCUUCACGGGUAGCUUUGUCGAUAAUAGUAUGGUUUGAUUGCCCAGUAAUCGACAUUUGAUUAGUGCUGGGUAGUAGUGUGACCCUUCCUUCCUUUUUUCAUGCUGCUGCUGCUGAUAAAGAUUUUUCAGAUUAUGCCUAACCGCAUGUAUGUAGGCAGUCACCUCUUUGCUGGUAUGUGUGUCUCGCACGCAUGGUAGGAUCUAUUUACCCAUUGCGGUUAAGAUAACCCCUAAAAUGUCAAAGCACGUUGAGAAGCCACAGCCGCAGUAGUUCAUGUUUCGUCAAGAAAUCGGCGUAUUAGCUUUUAUUCCCUCGUGCUCUGACCUUUUUCAGUACGAGAAGAGGAAUAUGUCUCGAUACAAUAUUUACAGUCUACUGGACUGGGUGUACGGUGGCGUGGACCCCAAAUUCGAAGGUAACGGAGGACCCGAGUGCGCUGCCUUCCUUACGCGCCAGCAACGCUUGAGUGAGAGCUUGGCGAUCAUUGUGAUAUCCAUCGCAGAGGUCGUACUGGCUCUUAGAAAAAUCAACUUUUCACAAGGACUUAAAGAAGCCAAACAUGACAGGAUCAGUAAGGAGGACAGUCUGGGCAAAAACCUUCUCUUGGUUGCACUCUGCAUGACGUUUGGUGUGGAAGUGGGAUUCAAGUUCGCCACCAAGACGGUCAUAUACUUACUCAAUCCUUGCCACGUUGUCACCAUGGUGCAGAUCUUCCUCCUCGCCUGUCCACCCUGUAAAACAGCCACAAUAGUUUUCAGACUACAAGUUCAUAUGUUAAAUGGAGCCUUGCUGGCACUUCUCUUCCCUGUGGUAAACACCAGACUGUUACCCUUUGAAAAGGAGGUUUACUACAUUCAGCACUCCAUGCUUUACUUGGUACCGAUGUAUCUCUUCAGGAAAGGGGGUGUAUAUACCCCUGAGCCACUGGGAGAUAUGUCGUGGGCCCUUCUAUCAACUGGCAUCCUGUUCCUCUACCAUUUUGUCUUCCUGCAAACUCUUGGCAUGAUGACUGAAGUAAACCUGAACAACAUGCUCUGCCCAGCAGUGUCCGAUCCUUUCUACGGACCGUGGUACCGAGUCUGGGCCACUGGGCAUCAGACGCUUCUGACUCUGAUCCAUGGCAAAGCGCUCACAUUGAUCGCUCACCACGCGGUUCCUGCGUGCCGCUACUUCACCAACAGUGCCUACCCUCGCAGCAAGGUUGACUGAGGCCAUGUCCGCAUUAAAAGUUGAACAAAUAGGCCUAUAAAUGUACCGUACGUAUCCAUAGUUAAAAACUAUCUGCGUCUACACUGUCAUUUUUAUAUCGUUUUCAGAUUGUUCCUCUAUUGGGGAAGCUGGUUUUUCAGAUUUCUCUACUACAGCGGUCGUAGCAUCAUUUUUGAUGUUUCGAGGGAGGCGAAAACGCAUACAUUGUGCAUUUUCUUGUGUGUCUUUUCAUGUGGACUUAUGGUUACAGUUUACGGUUGAGUGAGAACCCUUAUUAACCUUGUCAACAUGUUUUGAUCAUCGUCGAUGCUUAGGCCUACGUAUAUCAUUUCAUUCAUAUCCUGAACAUAUACUCUUAAAGGUCCUUCAAUGUUGGUAAUUUCUACUGUUGGAAUUGCAUUGAAAUGGGGAAAUGUCUUUUUAUUGUGAUGAAAAACCUAACAAAAUAAAGUUUAACUUUUUGUUUAUUUUUUCAGAA